UAUAUACAUAUAUUUCUGUACUACUUAUAAUUCAUAUUCAUUCAAUCCAUUAAGGCUUACUCGAGUUUAUACUGGCUUCGUUCUAAUGGCAGUGAAGUUAAGUCCAUAUUCAUUUCUCUUCUGAUAACUGUUUCAAUCUCUGUUGAUUUAUUGAAAUAUUUGAAUACAAUUUCUAUUUAUUUCGAAUUCAUAUCUAUUCUAGUUCUGUUCAUUUCUGAAUUGGUUAAAUGUCUGUUUGAUCAUCAGAAUACAAGUUUGAUAAUAUUAUAAUCGGUGGAUUCCAUGUGUUCAUUUGUUCAAAAUUACUGUUGAAGUGCUAGUCCACUUACUUGUUUAAUCCAUUUCUAUGGACAUUAUAUUUGAAUACGCUGCCACGGUACAAAUACAGCAGUGUUUCAGCGGGGUUUUCUAAAAGGAAUAUAUAUACAAAUUAUAUGUUACUAGUUCCGUCGAGCAACUAGAGGAAUAUGUUGGGAGAUUCAAAAGUUGUGGAGAAGGGGCACUAUUCAGAUUAAAAACUCGUCUAAUCUCAAAUCAGACAGCAAUCCUUGUUUAAUUAACAAGAUUAUUAAUCCACCAUUUCCUGUCUAGAAAAAACACCAUAUGUAAACAUAAAGUUGACGAUGUAAUACAAUCAAAUAACAAACUCUCCUCUAGUCACAAGUCCAUUAACGAACGGAUAAUUAGUAUAUUAUUGAGUCUCGUAUGUGAAUCAGUUUUAAGUGAAAUAUCACACAAGGAAGUUGUGAACAGUAUUUCCAGUUUAAACCGAUUCAAAUAUAGGAUCCAAAUAUAGACAGUCUGUCCUAUUUUCAUAUUUACGCUACUGGUCAAUAAUAUACACACCGACAAGUAGUAUGAUUUCAGAGUAUAAAAGAAACGGUUAAGAGAGGAGAGAUUUGCCCAAAGAACAGUCAUUCGUGAAAAAAUCUGACACUUGUUGAAGUUAAAUCUCUGCAUCAGAAUAUCUUAAUGAUUAGCCAGUCAAGCUUGAGAUACUUGGUUGUGGAUUUUUGCGCGAAAUUCAAAAUACGAUGACUGAUAGCUUAUUGCAUGUUAAAGGUUUAGAAAUGCCUACCAAAGCCACGUUACUGAGACAUUUAAAUUGAUAAAAGUGGAAUACUAAACAACAAAAAACAUAAUUUAUCAAUAUUUCAAGGUAAGUAGAGGAUGCAUUUAAAAUCGGGAUCUGGUUGUAUGAAUAUUCAUCCUUAAGACUACAAAGAGGUUCGAUCUGAGCACUCCAUACACUUGGCUAACCCUGAUUAUUACUAGAAACUCCUAAAUCCUAGUUUUAAUCCUGACUUUUCUGAAUUUUCGUGGAAUAAAUUACUUCUUUGCAUCACAUGCGUUUUAAUUAACUUAGAAUAAGCUUCGUCCUAUUGAGGUCUUGCUCAGUUGCUUGUGGUAGUUUGCGAAGUCUACUUUCUACGGCAUAUCCAUCAUUAAUAGUGUUUCCGAAGAGUAAAAUAUACCUAGUCAAUACACACGAAGCACGGAGAAUAUAAGAUCCCCGCAGUUAUUUGUGCGUUCAAGGCCGUUGUGGGGGAAGGAGGUAAUUUGAAUCCUCGGCUGAUUUUAAUCUGUGAAAUGGAGCCUUCGUACAGGAAGAAUUGUGUAGUUAUCGAUGACGACUUUCCUGGGUAUUCCGAGAAAUGUUUUAACUUGGCUAGCAAGUAUGAACAAUACAUAGAGAGCAUAAUAGUACCUAACGGUAUGAUCAAGGACAGGCUCGAAAGAAUGUCAAUCGAUAUUUUAGAAACUUUUGAGUUUCUUAAUGCAACUUCUAUAAAUCUCUUGUGCGUUCUUAAAGGCGGGUUCAAGUUUGCAUCCGAUCUAAGUGAAAAAAUACAUAACAGUGCAGUUACACGAAGUAAAAAUAUACCCAUCUUCAUGGACUUCAUUGUUUCCAACACAUACGAAAAUGAUGUCGUAGGUCACGAACCUCAAUUUCAUACUUACACUAACUUGACAUCAUUUAAAGACAAGGAUGUUCUCAUACUUGAAGAUUUGCUUGAUUCAGGCACUACUCUCAGCAGUCUGGUUCCUUAUAUUAAAUCUUUUGAACCUCGUUCCGUUCUUGUUGCUUGAUUAAACAAAUCCAAACAGGUCACAUAUCGCUGCGAAACCAAUCAAAUAAUACUGCCACAAGGACAAGUGAAAAACGAAAGCUUAGACAGGCUAUUAUGAGUUGGUGAAUUACUUGUCUGACUAAAGUUAUUUCUUAUGUAUCUCUUUCUGAGUCAAUAAAGAUGUAUAAGUAUGUAUAUACUUAUCCAUAAGUUAUAUACAGUGAGUCAUAAGCAAUGUAGAACCUGGCUCACAUGUUCAUUGGUCUAAGUUUCUACACUAUAUCAGCUCAUCUAGUUAUGGGUUAUGUACAAUUUGAUGCUAUGCUCAAAGAUUAAUCUUAACAGUCAGGUCUUAACUAACUAGAGAAUGAUUGACCUACCCUUCAUUUGCCUAUGACAUUUUAUCGUGGUUAUCUUGUAUUCAUACUCGGUAUAUAAGCGUUCUAUUUUAUCAUAUGAAAAAAGACUUAUUCAUAUGACUAGCGGUCUUGUUUUUGAUUUCUAAUCAUUCGGAUGCCCAAGCUAAUAAUACUGUCUCGUUAGUGCCUGUCACUCGGUCACAUUUUGUCAUUGCGUCCAUCCAUCGAUUGGCAUUCUAUUCAUUGAUUUCAAGCUCAAAAAUUUCGUCUAAAUAAACGUCCUCCAUAAAACGAUUUUGUUUAACUUUGGUAUUAAACCUUCUUAUACAUUCUUAAUCGUCUUGCUCUUGCAUAGCUAGCGGGCUGGGUCAAGCAUUGUGAAGUAUUUGAGUGUGAAUAAAUCAGGCUGGCAGACCAUUUUAUUGUCUGACUAAUAACUUACAAUCAGUUUGCUGGUUUGACAAACGUUGUAAAUUAUUAGGUUCAUAAUCAUAAUCUUGAAAUAUUUAUUCAGAGAUUCUGGCUCACUGAUUCUUAUAAGCAUCAAACUAAUACUCAUGAUUAUUUGUUUACACAUAGACACAUUGAGCAACGAUACUGUCAUUUUUUUGCGUGAAAAGAAAGUUUUAACUUCGGUAAGGUGCAACAAAAAUGUGACGUUUAUAAAUGCAUCAAACGUCAAAAUUAAAAUCAUCGUUUUCGUAAAUACGUUAAGCAGGUUUACUCCGUCUUAUCUAAGAAAAUUCAAUGGAUUCAUAAAUUUUACAGUGAAUUUUCUUAGAACUGGUCUUUUAAAUGCUUUCGCACUCCCAUUGGGAUAAAGUGUUUAAUGGGUCGAGGUAAACCGCCACAUUAUUGAUGUUAUAAUUUAAUACUUGAUCAAGAAAAUAUAUUCAGAAACUUGUUAUAAAAACAGCAUAUUUUAAAAAUUGUCUUCUGUCUUGUCUUACAGUUUGUUGGUAAAAAGAAGACAAGAUUUUUCCGAGUUCCAACCAGAUUGUAAGUUUAGUUUUAACACGAGUGUUUUAUGUUGAAUACAAGCUCACUUGUUAUGUCCUCACAGUUUUUUUUGAUCGAUAGGGAAUAUAUCCAUCACCUGUUUCUUUUAAUAUCUUAAAAUAUAUACUUCACUUGACUCUUGAGAAAGCUAAAGAAGAAUUUUUAGAUAAUAUCACACACCUGUAAAAGAUCAUCACUAAUUUGGGCGUAUGUCCGGCGCUUUAACCGGGUUGGUGGAUACGAAAACUCCACCUAGGGGAGUUGGAAAACCCUGAUUCCAAACCAACGGUGCACAUGGGCUCCAGUAUCCUGAAGGAACAAAUGACGUAUGAACCAAUCGUUGGUCACCAACUACCAUGGGAAUGCAUCUCCUUACGUCGCUCCACUGCCUUGUGGAUCAGACUUUGAGGUAGAAGGCUCCGGAUGUGGCCCCCUAAGAAAACCACCUGCUUCGGUUUGGUCACCCGAGCAGUAUCACAGCCCUCACACAAAUCAAAUGAGAAUUGUGUGGCGCAUAUGUAUUUGGUGCCUCUUUGUACCAAUAUCUAUGUGUUAAAAUAAAAAAUAAUAAAAGUGGUCGCUGACUCCAGAUUUUUCUUAAAAAGACACCAUCAACCGUGUUUGGUCUGGCAUGGUAAUGUAUUAAACGAUUUCUUGCUUCAAAUAAUAAUAUGUUUUAGGCAAUAAAUAGUUGUCUACGAAAUUCGAUUUUUCGAGGUUAAAUCGGUAUAAAAUUUGAUCAACUCAAUAGAGUGAUUCAAAGCCUGUGAAAUAAUAUUUAGACAGAACUGUAAUAUGGUGUAUCCAAACCAGACUUUAGGCCUGAUCUUGGCUAAUGGACUGACGUUCACAUGAUUUAACGUACCCACCUAUUUUGACUAGCUAGACUUGUCUCGUCAAUGAUUCGGGUUACAGCUUGAGGGUUUUUAUUAGGUCCAUCAUACAACAUACCAAUAACUGCCGAAAAGAGAUAAAUUACACUUUUGAAAACCUCCAUCAUUUUACUAGGCUAAUAUAUCCAUGACAAAUAUGCUUUUUAAUAAUUUCUCUUCACAUUCUGCAAUUGUAUAUUCAUAUUAUUAAUCCAAAGUGACUUGGAUGUUAUAGUGUAUCGUAUUAUCUUAAUUCACUAUAUUAUCUCUAAUCAAGCUGCCAAAGUAACUUAAAUACAUGUCGAAAAUUCUCAUUCAGUGUGAAAUUUAACUAGCGCUGUCUGCUAGUGACUGUUUUUUAACUUUGUGUGCCAUAAGUGUUUUACGAAUUAUUCUUCUUCCUGCAAAUCCUGUAGUCGACCUUGGGAUUGCGCAAUUGAUACAGUUUAGUUAAGGAGAAAGUGGUAAAACACAGGACCCUAACAAUACUGUAAGCAAAAUUCCAAGGAUAUAGGAGGUGGGUUUGGUAUCCACCAAAAUGUUACUGUUCCUCAGAGUGGUUCUGAACCGAUAUUUAACUUAAAGAGUGAGAGAGAAUACGAUGACAGUGACGGUGAUAAGUAGGAACUGGACUGGACUCUAACAAAAGUUUAGCUCCGUACAUUAAAAAUAGUACAUUUUAAAAAACCACAAUGAAUAGAAAAACUGAAUAUUAAUAUUAGGGGUUUCGUAAUUUGGUGCAAGUUUCUACUUCAAAGAAUAUGGUGUUUACAAAGUCUGCCAAUCUACAUGAUCUAUGUCGUAUUGGUUUUCAGUGGGUAAGUUUAUUGUACUGGAGUUCUUCCUGUAUUUUAUGACUGUGAGGUAUUAUUUAAUAAUAGAUAUACGUAGAUUUAAUGGAUUUAACCUUAAUUAUUUUAAAAGCAUUGUUUAGGUGCAGUAAAGCUACUGAAUGAGCGUUACUCUGACUAUUCACAAGGUUUUAAACACAGAGGGGAUGUUGUUCGGUGAAGUGGAAGGCUUGGUUUAUUUUAAACAGCUGGGUCACUUGUUACACUAGAUAAACUACCAUUCACUCCCGCGUGUAAUGCUAGUUAUCUUAGAAGUAGUUCAUAAAGUCACUGACUGAUGAAAUCCAAAUAGAUUCCUAGUGUGUUCUGAUUCCAACGAUGCCCAUGUUGUAGAUAUUUUAAGUGGUGUCAUCAUAAGUGCUAAUAUUUAAGUAAUUUAAGAUUUUAAAUGUCUUGAAAUCAGUCACAAUUGCGCACACGGGUUUAUAUUAUUUCACUUACUUUCAAGAACUUAAACUUAUCCCUUGUAGGAUUUAAUUUGUCCUACAGAUAUUCUGAUAGAAUUGUAAACGAACACACCGACCAGUAUUGACAAGUUACAUGCGAUAGGGAUAGUCUACAGACACAUCAGACCAGAUUGACGUGGUGGGCGCUUAAACAACGAUUCGAUUGGUUAGUUACGGACAUAACUAACGUCCCUUUCAAUCUUCUUUGUUCAUUAAUAAUUAUCAUUCUUGUUCACUUUCAAUAUCUUCCUCCUCUUAUUAAUUUUCCGUUUAUCCUGUUGUGAAAUGGGAACCCUUAGAUUAAUACACAGUUUCGUGCUAAUAUUCAUCAUGUCAUUUAUAUCUGAUAUUGUUACUCUUUCUUUAUAAAAUAGUUCAAGAAAUUUUACUGAUGAUUAUAUGCUCUACCAGAUACUGUCCUAAACAAUGCUUACUUAAUUGUUACCCUGUAUAUCACGACCAAGUUGGAAUAUAUAAAGUACAAUUCAUUUUAUUUUAGAUGAUUCGCUGGUUUAUGUAAGUUGGUUGGUAAAGACAUCAUAAAAUGGGAAACUAGACAGAUUUUAUGCGUUUAGAUCAGUCCAUAUUUGUUUCUAAUUGUUACUGACUUUCUUCCAUAGCGCAUUGCUAUUUGAACUAAAACAUUUGUCGUAACUAAACAAAGACUAACUGAUAUGUGACUUGACGUAAGAAAGAAGUCAAAGACUAUGAAUAAAUAUUUAAUAUGAGUGAAAAAAUGGAUCAAAAAGACCUCUGAAUACAUUAAUUUUUAUGCGAUUUAUUCACCCACUAAUCUAUAGUCAAAUUUUUCAAUAAUUGGAACUGGAUAGUACUGGACACUAAUUAAUUAGUAUAUGUAUACACAUAGUUUAUAAAAUCACAAAAUUAAACUGUUAUCAUCAACUUACUUACGCCUAUCACUCCCAGUGGAGCAUAGACCGUCGACCAGCAUUCUCUGACCCACUCUGUCCUGGGCCUUCCUUUCUAGUACUAUCUAAUUGUUGUUCAUUCUUCUCAUGUAUGUCUCCAUUUCUCGGCGUAAUGUGUUCUUUGAUCUUUCUUUUCUCCUUUGGCCUUGAGGAUUCCGAGUGAAGGCUUUCCUUGUGGCGCAGUUGGGUACUUUCUUCACUAUGUGUCCUAUUCACUUCCAGCGCUUCAAUCUGACUUGUUCUAUACCACAGUAGGUUAUCAUCAACACACGAAAGUAAUUUGCUGACUAAUAGUAUCUACACCUUCAUAACAAGUUUCAAUAUUUCAGUUUUCAUUUAUUGUUAUAUUUCAGCUUUUGUUUAACAUUUUUAACGUAAUCUGCCUAACUGGUGAUAAUUCCAAAAGAUAGUUUAAACUAAGUAAAUACAGGUUUUUAGUCCUUACAAUAAUGUUGUGUACUUCUGAAUUAAAUUGCUGAUAUUUAGUUCGGUUCUGAAUUCAAGUAAACGUAAACUAAUUAAUGAAUAAUUAUCUGUAAGUUUAAUUUAUGAUCUAACUGUAGAUGUCAUAAUUCAUAAGGUGUCUUCACCCUAUAGUCCCUUAGUAUAAUUCUCUUAUAUGUUUUUAAUUUCUCUACUGUGACUGAAAUACUUGGUAUUGUUUGUAAUAUGAUUGUUCAUUAAACCCAUUAUUUGGUUAUAGACAAUAAAAGUCGUUUAGUUUAUUUUCAUGCUAUCAGUCAAAUCACUUUCAUACAUUAUGUAUGCUAUGUAUUGUAAUAUAACAAAUCUACUCUUAUUUAUUGAAUUCCAUUGUGUAUGUAUCAUCUUUGGAUUAGAAAGACUUCGUUGAAUAGAUUUAACCGACCUAAUGAUAACUUUUUUGUUCAUCAUUUUUCUGUAGUUGUUGGUUUUGAAGUUCCAAAUCGGUUCAUUGUUGGAUAUGCUAUCGACUACAAUGAUUUUUUUCGGGAUAUACCACAUAUAUGUUCAAUCAAUGAUGAAGCGAAGAAAAUUUUCGCCAUAUCCAAAUCAGAUAAACAUGCUAAAUAAAGAUUAUUGAAACAAAGUACACAAUUUGGAACUUUGUUUUUUUUAUUAUAUCUCUUACUUACUACAGUAUUUCCAAUGUAGUUCAACUUUAUUUAGAUUAGAGUUUGAGAUUUCUAAAUAGAUCGACUCUAUUUUAUCCACUUAUUCCCUUGUAUACUGUUAGAUUAUUAUUUUUUUUGAAACAGAUCACUUAUUUUUUUGUCUCUUAAGUUAUGUAAAACAAAGUGGUUUAAAUAACUGUAAACUUAUAUUGUUGUACAGUAUGCUCAUACACUAUUCACUUUUGCAAAUGUUAGUUGUGUCUAUGUUUC